GCCCCUCGAGGCAUAGAAAUUCUAUUAUUAGAAUGUUAUAACGGCCCUUCGACCGAGUGCGGGAUAUACGUAUAUAAAGGUUCCGUAAUUUAUGUUAUAAGACAUUAUAAAGCCCGUAAGAUUACUAAUAGGGAGUUUUACGUCGUUCGUUAUCUUCCUUAG